CUCUCUCUCUCUCUCUCUCUCUCUCUCUCUCUCUCUCUCUCUCUCUCAAUCGACAUACUGCCCAUUUUAAGGUUAUACAUUAACUCCUAUCCACUGAAGAUCUCAUGUUUGCGAAAUAAACAUGACAUCACUGGCUCUUUCACUUGAAACCCAUCGAGAACCAGUUUUUUUGUAUCAGAUAUGCUCCAUAUGUAAAUUAUUGUAUUCAUAUUUAAAUGCAUUCAACUUAAUGUGCACAGGUAGAGCCGCCCUUGUUUUGCUUGACUGUUAGUAAGUUUCAUGAAGACCUCAAGUGUCGCAGAACAGCAAUGUAAAUGAGGGGCGGGGCUAUGGGAUGAUGUCGCCUGGAGCGUUCAACAAGCGUGCUCACUGGUAAAACCGACUAGUCCUGAUACACGCGUUCACCUGCCAGGACUGUAAGAGACAUUCAUACCAAUCAGGAUACAGCAGCAAAAGGAAAAGGAAGUAGCAGCUUGUCAGUGUGUACGGAAUGACACAGCACCGUCUAAAAGACACCAGAUGACUCAGAAUUAAACAUUGUUAAGGGUCUCCGGGGGGUUGGUGUGACGUCUUUUCAGGCCUAUGUAAAAGAUGGCCAACUUUGGAGGACAUGCCAUUCCGGGCACCUUCUUCCUGCUGUACGGCCUGUGGCUGGCCGUCAAACACACGCUACGCCACCGCUGGAGGAAGGGCAAGACCCCCGGGCGGCCCAAGGCGCCCACCUUCCUCAGGAAGAUGGAAUAUGUCGAGGGGGGAUUCAUGAUGUUUGCUGCAUUUGUCGGUAUCAUGGUGGAGCAGUUUGUGGUGGACGGGCCCCACGCGCGGCUCUACAGCGGCGGGGCCUGGGUGAAGCUGAUGAACUGGCAGCACAGCACCAUGUACCUGUUCUUUGGCAUCGCCGGCUUCGCCAACGUCACCAGCUUGAUGAAGUCCAUGCCCCUCGGCAUAGAUCGGAUGUCCAUCUCUCUGGCACUGUUUGUCGAAGGGUUCCUGUUCUACUAUCACCUGCACAACCGGCCCCUCCUGGACGCCCACGUGCACACGCUGCUGCUGGUGCCCGUGUUCGUGGGCUCGGCCAACGCCAUGCUGCAGGUGUUCCUGAGGGACAACAUCAUCCUGGAGCUGUCCCUGGCCUGCCUCUUCUUCCUGCAGGGAUCCUGGUUCUACCAGAUUGGAUGUGUGCUGUUCCCUUUAAGUGGGCCAAAGUGGGAUUUAACGUUGCACAACAACGUCAUGUUCACCACCAUGUGCUUCUGCUGGCACAUAGCCAUGGCCCUGCUCAUCAUCAGCAUUGUAGCCCUUCUGGUUUGUUCAAUUGUGAAAAGAGUGUCUGGAGAGAGCAGAAACGUGGAGCUGGGCAUGAGGAACACAACCAACUCCUCCCAGAAGGCCCUGCUCGACGACACGGACGAAGAUUAACUUACACAUGCAGAUACAUUAUGAAGUAAUAAUGUGUUUGUAUCCAUCAUAUAUUUAAAACGGGUCAUAUAUAUUUUCAAUGUUUCACUGUUAUGAAAUUGCACAUAAUUUUACAAUGUACGAAUGUUCAACUGAAUACCUUAAUGAAUGUAAGACUGGAACGAUUUACCAUGAACUGAAUACAAACUAUAAGCCACUGUUAGAUGGUAAAUGACAAAAGCUCGGCUAGGCAAUAUAAUGACCUAAAAACAUUAACCUUUUUUCAUGUUUUUUAUGGUUUGAUUACUAUUUCUAAGUUUGCCAAAUCUUAUGAAAUCCUGAAAAUAUGUCAAACUGCACAUCUGACAAUAAACUACUUCGAUAAGAAGUUCAUGUUGGAGAUAAACAAUCCUAUUCCAGAUAAGCACAUACACUGACUCACAAAGCAAAGCCUUUUAUUAGCAUUGUACAGACAUAACAACAAAGAAAACAAUUAUAUUAACAGUGUCUAUUGUCCUUAUUGUACGAUUUCUUCCAAAGCGGAGUAAGUGUAUUAAAUGUUGUUGAACAUAAA